AUGACCUCUUUAUAUGCACCUGGGGCGGAGGAUAUUCGGCAAAGGUUACGUCCUUUUGGGUUUUUCUUUGAGAAAUCACUAAAGGAUUUGAUUAAGGGUAUUAGGUCUCACAACGAAACACCAGAAAAACUGGAUCAAUUCUUUAAACAAGUAUUAAGUGAAUGCCGGGAAGAAGUGAACUCUCCAGAUCUAAAUUCUAAGACCAAUGCCGUUCUUAAAUUGACCUAUUUAGAGAUGUACGGUUUUGACAUGGCUUGGUGCAACUUUCAUAUCUUAGAGGUUAUGAGCAGUAAUAAACUUCAACAAAAACGUGUGGGGUAUUUGGCUGCAUCACAAUCUUUUUACAAAGAUUCUGACAUUUUGAUGCUUGCAACUAACUUGUUGAAAAAAGACUUAAAGUAUGACGGAAACAAUGAUGUUGUUAAAGUUGGCAUUGCUUUAAGUGGUCUUUCCACUAUAAUUACACCCUCAUUAGCAAGAGAUAUAGCUGAUGAUUUGUUCACUAUGCUAAACAGCACAAGACCGUACAUAAGAAAGAAGGCCAUUACCGCACUAUUUAAAGUUUUUCUGCAAUAUCCAGAGGCUUUGAGAGAUAAUUUUGAUAAGUUUGUUUCAAAGCUAGACGAUGAUGAUAUAUCUGUGGUUUCUGCCGCUGUCAGUGUUAUUUGCGAGCUAUCAAAAAAAAACCCCCAACCAUUCAUCCAGCUUUCACCUUUAUUAUACGAGAUAUUAGUUACCAUUGACAAUAACUGGAUAAUCAUUAGAUUAUUGAAGUUAUUCACCAACUUAUCACAAGUGGAACCGAAAUUGAGAGCCAAGUUAUUGCCGAAAAUUUUAGAACUGAUGGAGAGUACUGUUGCAACUUCUGUGAUCUAUGAAUCUGUCAACUGUAUUGUCAAGGGGAAUAUGCUAGAAGAAGAUGAUUUUGAAACAGCAAUGGCAUGCCUGGAAAGAUUGCACACAUUUUGUGAUUCUCAGGAUCCAAAUUUGAGAUAUAUUAGCUGCAUAUUGUUUUACAAGAUCGGCAAAAUCAAUACUGAUUUUAUUUCUCGGUUCGACCAACUGAUUAUACGCUUACUCUCCGAUGUCGACGUUUCUAUAAGAUCAAAAGCAAUUGAAUUGGUUGAAGGUAUUGUUGAUGAGGAUAACUUAAAGGCAAUUGUCCAAACAUUGAUGAAGCAAUUUGUAGAUGAAGAUGUGGUUAUCCUACAAACUGGAAGCAUCGUAUACGAAAAAUCAAAGAGAAUUCCCAUAAUAAUUCCAGAAAAUUACAAGAUAAAAAUGGUGAACGUCAUUAUAUCGAUUUGUUCAGCUGACAACUAUUCCAGUGUUAACGACUUUGAAUGGUACAAUGCAGUAAUAAUGGACUUGGCGAUGCUCUGUCAAGACAUAUCUGAUAAAAGCCUUGGAUCAAAAAUUGGUGAACAGUUUAGGAAUUUGAUGAUAAAAGUUCCUUCAAUGAGAGAAGUAACCAUUGCUAAUAUUAUAAAGCUUAUUUCAAAUGACAAUAUUAACAAACAGUUGCCUACCGUAUUGAGAGAAUGCAUUUGGUGUCUCGGAGAAUUUUCUACCCUAGUUGAAAAUGGUAACGACUUAAUAAAAAUCAUGACUGAGAAUAUCAGUUAUUAUUCUCAUAGUGUACAAGAAGUUUUAAUUUUAGCACUUGUUAAAGUAUUUAGUAAUUGGUGUAAUAACUUUCAGGAGGAUAAACGCUUUGAAAUUAAAAUGGUGUUAAAAGAGCUAAUUGAAUUUUUUGAAAAUUUAUCUUAUUCGAGUACAUUCGAAGUCCAGGAAAGAAGCGUAGAAGUUUUAGAAUUUUUAAGACUAAGUUUGGAGGCUUUAGAGGAGGAUACGGAAGGUCUACCAAUGCUACUGAGCGAAGUCCUGCCUAGUUUUUUUAACGCCUAUGAACUCGCACCAAUUGCGCGUGGGACUCAAUUGAAGUUAGCAGUAGAUGAGAAUCUUGAUCUAGAAACUCCAUUUUUGACAAAGGAGGCAGCUGAUGAACUCUUAGAUGAACAAAAAAGUGACGCCAUCAGUGAUUUAAUGUCUGAUAUCUCAAUGGACGAGCAAGUUGAACUAAAAUUCGUUGAUGAUUCUGAUACUUCGUAUGAAGAAAAGGAAAAAUUGGAUGAUUUUGAAAAUCCAUUUGAGAUUGAGAGAGAAAAGGAACGGAUGUCAAAUCCUUAUUAUCUAGGUGAAGAAGACGAAGAAAGAACUAAGAACUCUAAAGAUUUGUUGGACUUGAAUGAGGAGGAAAGUAGUGAUAAAAAGCCAGAAACUAUUAGAUUAAAUAGAACCGAUAAUUCGUUGAAUUCUCUAAGUUUAUCUACAACUGAAAUCAGCAGAAAGAAGAAGAAGGGAAAGAAGAAAAAUAGGGUUCAAGUCUUAUCCGAUGAACCUGUUAUCGAAGCCGCUCCCAAAAGGAAAGAUGCAUUCCAGAAACCCCAUGAUAAUCAUUCAACUCAAAAUCCUUUGAAAAAGGACAAGAUUAAUCUGAGAAUGCACUCUCAACUUGAAAAUUUUGAUUUUUCCAAUUUUGGGCAAUCGAGUAACGCAGGAAGAGGAUCGCAGGAAGAGGGCAACCUUAGAAAGGAAGACGAGUUAGAAUUAAGUCGUUUAGAGGCCAAUCUUAUUGUAAAAGAUGAAAAGGAUAAUUUAAGUGAUACUGAAGAAGUUAUAGUUAUAAAAAAGAAGAAGAAAGGGAAAAAGUCAAAGUCAAAAAACAAACUAAAAACGAAAGCAAAAAAUUCUCCAGAACCAAAUGAAUUUCUUCGAGACCAAAGCACUGACAUUUAA